AUGGCGGAAGGAGCUUUAUUCCACCUUGCCAGAAAAGUCCUUGAACUGCUGGGUUCCUUCACUCUCCCAGAGGUCAAACUGGCCUUCGGUGUUCAAAUUGAGAUUGAAAAACUAACAAGCACAGUUUCCACGAUCCAAGCUGUGAUUCUUGAUGCAGAAAAGCAGAGUUCUCAUAAUCAUCAGAUCAAAGAUUGGCUCAGAAAGCUCAAAGAUGUUCUCCAUGAUGCUGAUGACUUGCUGGAUGAUUUCUCAACCCAAGUUUUGCGGCACAAGGUGAUGAGAAAGAAGAAGGUACGCAUUUUCUCUUCAAGUUCUAAUCGUAUUGCUUUUAGUCCUAAGAUGGGUCGUCAAAUAAAAGAAAUUAGGGAGAGACUAAAUGCCAUUGCAAAAGAUAAGGAGGAUUUCCACUUUAUUCAAAGCUUCAUUGAGCCACAAGUCAUGAGUAGGGACAGAGAAACUUAUUCUUUUGUUCUUGAAGAUGAAGUUGUUGGGAGAGAGAAUGAUAAGGAAGUGAUUAUCGAACUUCUUUUUGAUGACAAUGUUGUAGAUAAUAUUUCUAUCAUUCCAAUCGUUGGUAUUGGAGGAUUAGGGAAAACCACACUAGCUCAAUUGGUUUACAAUGAUCAAAGUGUCAACAAAAAUUUUGAGCUAAAACUUUGGGUUUAUAUCUCUGAAAUCUUUGAUGUAAAACGAAUUGUUAAAGAAAUUUUAGAACAGCUGACGGAUGAGAGACUUAAAGAAAGCUUUGAGAUGCUGCAAAAUCAGCUUCGAAAAAAACUUAGUGGAAAAAAGUACUUGCUUGUCUUGGAUGAUAUGUGGAAUGAUGACAAUGCUAAAUGGCUUCUCUUGAAAAAUUUAUUAAUGGUUGGUGCAAGGGGAAGUAGGAUAGUUGUAACUACUCGUUCUAUAAUGGUGGCGGGCAUAACAGGGGCAACUUCAUGGUAUGCUCUAAGAGGCCUACCUGUAGAAAAGGCUUGGAAUUUGUUUGUAAAAGUUGCAUUUGGAGAAGGCCAACUGCCAAAGAACCAAGCCUUUAUUAGCCUGGGAAAGGAGAUUUUGGAAAAAUGUGUUGGGGUACCUCUUGCCAUAAGAACAAUAGCAAGUUUGCUACACUCCAAAGCUUCUGAAAAUGAGUGGCAAUCUUUCAAGAAUUAUGAACUCUCAAAAAUAACUCAAGGAGAAGAAAAUAAUAUUUUAUCAACACUUAAGUUGAGUUAUGAUUAUCUUCCAUCAUACUUAAAACAAUGCUUUGCUUAUUGUAAAUUGUUUCCAAAAGAUUACGAGAUUGAUGUAGAGACAUUGAUUGAUCUUUGGGCAGCCCAAGGUUUUAUUAAGUUAUCAAAUCCAAAGCAACGUGUUAAGGAUGUUGGUAGAGAGUACUUCAGGUUAUUACUUUGGAGGUCAUUCUUCCAAGAUGUUAAAAAGGAUUAUUGGGGUGAUAUAUGGUGCAAAAUGCAUGAUCUCAUGCAUGAUCUUGCAAUCUCUGUGGCUGGAACAGAAUGUACUGUAUUACAUUCAACCGAGGAAAAUAUUGGUGAAAAUGUUCGUUAUAUAUCAUUUAAUCUUUUGGAUUCGUCAAUGCAGUUUCCAAUCAUCAAGUUUAAAGGAAAGAGGAUACGAACGGUUCUUGGACAUAGUAGAGGGCGUGACUUUUCUUGUAAUGCGCUCUUUUCAAAUCUUAAGUAUUCACGCACACUAGAUUUGAGCUAUCUAUGGUCACAAAAAAUGCCGAGUUCAAUUGGGAGAUUGAAGCAUUUAAGAUAUCUUGAUAUUUCUGAAAAUGAUCGCAUUAAAAUUCUCCCUAAUUCCAUUGUCAUGCUGCUGAAUUUGCAAACACUGAAGCUCAAGAAUUGUCAUGCAAUUAGAGAAUUACCCAGGGACACCAAAAAUCUGGUCAAUCUUAGGCAUCUAGAUAUUACUGGCUGUAUUAAACUGACUCAUAUGCCCCACGGACUUGGAAAUUUGACUUCUCUUGAGAUACUACCAUGGUUUCUCGUGAAGAAUGGAGGUUUCAAGGCUAGGUCUAGUGCUGGGGUAAGUGAAUUGAGGGAGCUGAGCAAUUUGGGAGGAAGCCUAAUGAUUUAUAAUAUAGGACAUGGUAAAGAUGACAUGACAGAAUGUAAAGCUGCAAAUAUGAAGGAGAAACAACAUCUUCACCAACUGGGAUUAUACUGGGACACAAAGUUGGUUGUUGAAACUGAAUGUUAUGAUGACAUGUCAGUGGAAGGCCUCCAACCACAUGCAAAUCUUGAAGUAUUGAUUUUGUCGAAUUAUAUGGGUAUUACAAUUCCAAGUCGGGUAUCUUCACUCACAAAUCUUGUCAAUUUGCGCUUGCGUUAUAAUUGCAGAUGCCACCAUCUCCCAUCGUUAAAUCAACUCCCUUUUCUCAACUCUGCCUGUCUUGUUGGUAUGGAAGCACUUCAAUACAUAUCAGAAGACAUUGUUAGUAAUGUGUUUGGUUCCUCAAUAACAACAUUCUUCCCAUCUUUAUUUUCUCUCGAAAUAAAGAAAUGCCCUAAUCUGAAGGGAUGGUGGAGGAAAGAUGAUAAUGAUGGGCCAGACCAUCUGUUGCUGCCAUCAUUUCCUCGUCUCUCUAAAUUGGAGAUUCAAGAUUGCCCUAAUCUUACUUUCAUGCCCUUGUUUCCAUAUCUUAAAGUAGAGUUGAAAUUGUGGGAAGCUAGCUUGAAGGUAUUGCAGCAAACAAUAAAUACACAGAGACCAUCAACAUCAACAACCUCCUUAUGCUACUUUCCUCUUUCUGAAUUAGAGUUUUUGGAUUUAAAACGGGUUAAUGAUUUAGAAUCUCUUCCAGAGAAGUGGCUGCAAAACCUUGUUUCUCUUCGGAGACUCUUCAUUUAUGAAUGCCAUGGUCUUAUGUCUCUUCCUUGUAGAGGUAUUCAAUAUCUCACCUCACUUCAAGAGAUAGAAAUAGUGAACUGCAAUGAGAUAGCUCUGGUAAAUGACGAAGAUGAUGGCAUGCAAUGGCAAGGCCUUCAGAGCCUCCAUUCUCUGUGUUUUAGGAGAACUCCAAAGUUGGUGUCUCUACCAGAUGGGCUUCAACAUGUUAUCACUCUUCAAAAACUCAAAAUUCAUAAUUGUACUGGUUUAAUGGCUAUACCGGAGUGGAUAGGCAACCUCACAUCACUACAUCAUCUUUCAAUUUCUGGAUGCUCCAAUCUAACGUCACUGCCUCAAGAGAUUUGCAAUAUCUCCUCAUUACAAAUUUUUAAGAUUGAAAAUUGUCCUAAUUUGAUGGCUUUACCAGGGUCAAUGGAUAACCUCACGUUACUACAAGAGCUUACAAUUGGUGAAUUUCCUAAUCUGACCUCACUGCCUCAAGGGAUUCGCAGUCUCACCUCUUUAAAAAGGUUGACGGUUGACAAUUGUCCUAAUUUGAUGGCUUUACCAGAGUGGAUAGGCAACCUUGCAUCACUGGAAGAGCUUAUAAUUUGCAAAUGCCUUAAUCUGACAUCAUUGCCUCAAGGGAUUCAUGAUCUCCCCUCUUUACAACGGCUGAUGAUGACUGAUUGUCCCAUUUUACGAGCAAGAUGCCAGUGGGAAAUAGGUGAAGAUUGGCCCAAGAUUUCUCAUGUUCCAGCCUUGAGAUUGGAUGAUUAUGGGUGGUGA